GGGAUAGCCAUGACACAACUAACUUCGCAACUCCACGCUCCUUGUCAUUUCGUUGACUGUACGAUGACGAAGUCAUCGUGCACGAUUGUCGCGCUGGUGCUGGCUUCCUUUUGUGCCUUGCCAUCGCUGACGCUCAAUGUUAAGCUCUCUGGUCUCAACUACAACCCGCGCAAAGGUGCUGACUGGGAGCCAUGGGAGCUCAAGUGUAAGUCAGCGGAAGAAGUCACGCUCGACUUGCGUGCGAUUUCACUCAUCACGGAUCACAUUCGGCUGUACAGCAUGAACGACUGCAACCAAGUGGAGCUUGUGGUUCCUGCAGCAAAAGCACUGGGGCUCAAGGUGUGGCUCGGGAUGUGGGUCGACCAGCACAACACGACGUACUUCGCCGAACGUGACGCGCUCAAGGCAUUGAUCCAGAAGGGAGUUAUCGAUUCGUCCAUCACCGGACUGCACGUGGGCAGCGAAGCAAUUUACCGCAAUGACAUUACCGUGUGGGAAGCGAUCGAUUACUUUUGGGAAGUCAAGGCCAUCGUGAACAAUGCUGGAUUGACCUUUCCCGUCACAAUCGCUGACGUUGGCGACGUGUACGCGGGCCAUCCCGAGCUGUUUCACGUGGUGGACGUGGUGUCAGCCAACUCGUUUCCGUUCUGGGAAAACAAAACCAUCGACGAAUGCAUCACGUAUUUUUACAUGCGCAUGGGGCCGGUCAUUGGCAUGGCACGAGUCUUCAACAAGAAAAUAAUCAUCGGCGAAACAGGGUGGGCUACGUCGGGGUGGGCGUAUCGAGCAGGGGUCGCAAGUCCUGACAACGCAGCUCUGUGGCUCAACGACUUCCACGUGUUUGCUCAAGAAUUUGGGUGGCAGUACUAUUACUAUUUUGCAUUUGACACGACGUGGCGGCACAACACGGACGCCAACAUCACCGAGCCCGAGGUUGAAAACUAUUUUGGUCUCUUUGACAGCACCCGCCACCUCAAGCCCGCGUACGCCAAUUUGAACAUCCAAAAGCGCAAGCAGUACGGCUACCCCCCUGUGCCGACAUGGCCAAAUGUCCCAACGCCAACCGAAUCGACAUGGGACGUUGUCCAGAACGUGAUUGCCGCCGUGUUCACCGUCUUUGAGGGCCUGUGGUAAGCAAACGGACAGCCCCAACCAGAGAACACAUUAGAUAGAACCAGCAACAAGAUAUGAUGAACUCUACACGACUUGACGAGCCCAACGCA